AAUACGGGCUCGAAGGUGAUGGCCUUGGUAUGACCACAUUGUUCUGAGCAGAGCCACACGUACAGAUUACACACAGAAAAACGUCUGGUUUCCAUCGAUAUGACUGUCCUCAAUCGCUCGCUGCAGUCUCGAUACUUGUCCCCUCUCUCCUCCUUCUCCUCUCCACCCUAGAAAUCCUGUACGAAAUCCUCGUCAUCGUUGAUUUUCCUUCGCCCUGUUUUUGUUUUUUCCCCUUGCGGCUGGUUAGUCAGCUGCUGUUGUUCUCUUCGCUUCCUCCCUUAUAAAAGGGGGUCCCUGCACGCAUACACUUGGAGCAAGUAUCCACCAAGAACGAUGCCUUCAUCACUGGUGAGGUGGUUUAGCCUCGUGGCCUUGAUCUGGCUCCAGACCAUCGCUGGGACGAACACCAACUUCCCGGCCUACUCGUCGCAGCUCAAGCAAGUCCUCUCCAUCUCCCAGGUCCAGCUCAACAACCUCGCCUUCGCCUCCGACGCCGGCAAGCUCCUCGGGUGGUUCUCGGGCGUCGCCGCGGCGCACCUCCCGCUCUGGGUCGUCCUCCUGGUCGGCGCGGUGCUCGGGCUCGUCGGGAACGGCGUCCAAUACCUCUCCGUGGCCGGCAAGGUCGCCUCGGUCUCGUACCCGGGGAUGUUUCUCCUCGCCGUCCUCGCCGGGAACAGCAUCUGUUGGAUCAACACGGUCUGCUAUGUUGUGGCGAUCAACAACUUCCCGCUCCACCGCCAAGUUGCCGUCGGGCUCACCACCAGCUACCAAGGACUGAGCGCCGGUGUCUACACGGAUAUUGUUGACGCCACGCUCGAUAAGAGCGGCGGGACUGGGGCUAGAGCUAAAGGUUAUCUACUUCUCAGUUCAGUCCUGCCAAUGGCCGUCUCACUGGUGACCGCGCCUUUUGUUCGGGUUGUCGGUGCGGACAGUCCAGGGGCAGGCAAGAAUGCGCAUGUCGGGUUCAUAAUCCUAUUCAUCAUAACAAUCGCAACCGGAGUUUUUGCGGUGGUGAGUAGUAUGGGGUCGGUGUCGGGCGCCUUAUCGGCGGUGUACAAUGCGAUGGGGAUGGGCAUCUUCCUCCUGAGCCCCAUCGUUGUACCGCUCGCCGUAUGCCUCAAGCACGUCCUCGCCCACACCGAGAUGAAGGUACACGACGUGGUGACCGAGCAAGAGCACGGCGGACCCGGCCAAGACGAGAGCGGGAUCAAGUGGGAGGCCCAUCCCCAGGUUGGCGACCAAGAAGAGGUGGUUGCUGUGGCUCCCCCAAGCGAGGAAGUGGCAAUUAAUGGUGUUAGAGAGGAGGUUGGAGCUAAAGAGAUGCUGAAGCGAGUCGAGUUCUGGCUCUACUUCUUCGUGUACCUGUUCGGGGCGACGCUCGGGCUCGUGUUCCUCAACAACCUGGGGCAGAUCGCCGAGUCCCGGGGGAGUUCAAAGACGUCAUCGCUGGUCUCUCUCUCGUCAUCGUUCGGGUUCUUUGGGCGGCUGAUCCCGUCUCUCUUCGACUACCUCUUCGAAAGGAGGAAGUACGUGGUGUCGAGACCGGCAGCAAUGGCAGCAUUGAUGGCGCCCAUGGUCGGCGCCUACUUCCUGCUCCUCAGCCCCGCCACGGGGGCACUUUACGUAAGCACUGCCGUCAUCGGCGUCUGCACCGGGGCCAUCACGUCCAUCUCCGUGGCAACCACCACCGAGCUCUUCGGGACCAAGAACUUCGGCGUGAACCACAACAUCCUGGUCACCAACAUCCCGAUCGGGUCCUUCGCCUUCGGGUAUGGCGCGGCACUGCUCUACCGCAGCCGGCGAGGUGGCGAUGGGAGGUGCAUGGGGAUGGAGUGCUACAGCACAACGUUCGUCAUCUGGGGAUGUCUUUGCUUACUCGGGACUGUCCUAGCUCUAGUCUUGUACGCACGUACGCGCAAGUUUUAUUCAAGAAGUAUAGAGAGGUAGUAGCUAACUGAGCAAAUCCACUCUCCUACACCAGUUACGAUAUUAGCUAACUGAGCAAAUCCACUCUUCUAUACGAGUUACGAUAUACUGCUUUUAUUUUAUUUUGUGAAAUAACUUUGCUCAAGGAAGAAAAUGUUUCUGUACAUGUAUGCAGGCGCUAUUGACCGAGAAAUCGGCAUUUUAUAUUUCACCUAAUCCAAGAAACAAGUUCCA